CUCUACUUGAUGAAGGUGCCGCCAACAAGCUCAACUUCAUGCAUCCAGAUCUUGACAGCGACAAAUGCAGAUCAGCCUUAGCCUGCAGGCCAAAUCGGUUGUUUUUCAAAAGAACAACAAGGAACCUCGGAGUGUUACCAGCUCUGCAUCCAAUCUUCUAGAUCAAAACGCUACAACGGAAUGUCAACACAAUCGAGAUAGAACUUGAAUGCUCUAUGCGUGAAAGUCGUUAAUAUCACCGUCAAAAUAUACGCGCUUUCAGGUGUGUGAUCCAAUCGGUGACAAAUUCAAAUGACAAAGAAACUGGGUCUGACAACGAGAUAAAUUGGAAGCAGAGUAACAGUUGAAAAUUAUCAAUGAACCUUCAUUAUCGACUGGCGGAAGUGUGACAACAUUAACACUAAAAAAUGGACGUCGACUAAAACAACACGACCAGCCUCACAUUUGAAAUUGCGUCUCUCGUCGGUGAUCUUUCGCCUAUCAAACGCAGUAGCUAGCUCUUGCGCUUACAAGAACUGCCACUUACCGCCGUAGCAGUGAUCAUUAUACAUAGAUUAAGAAACAGCACAUAAAAAAUCGAUAGAGCAGCGGGCCCAACAGCGACUCUCAGUAUUCUAUACCGCAAAAGGGUCAAACAAGUCAGAGUAUUUUUUCUGCAAAAGGUUGACAUCACGUUCUACAGCACUUCUAGUACUACAUAUUUCUUCCAUAUUCAUAGGUAAAAAUCGUAAUUUCUGUGCCUGCAACUACUUCUGAUAGGAAGUAAAAAUCCGCUAAAACACCAUGGCCGUGAUGACAAUGAAAACUGCCGUUCUGUUGGUCUACUUACAGAUCAUUGCAUUCUUCGGUGGAUCUUCGUUUUUGGCCUCUUUUGCUGCAGAAGCUCUGCAAAUGGGUUUCCGCCCAAGCCGCGGCGGCGAGGUUCCAGCGUCUCGUGACUCCAACGCGGAGCUUCCACCUGCACAGGUCCAGAUGUUAGCUGGGGGCCACGCGGAGACGGGCGGGGGCCAUGCGGAGACGUCGGGCCCCGAGCAAGUACAUGGUCGCGGACGAUGCUGCAGGUCCUGUCGCCACUGCUGUUCUUCUUGUUUGGGAAGAUGCCGCGAAUGGUGUUCUACUCACGAUCCUAUGCAAGAUCGCAAAUUUUAUAUCUGGGUCUGCAAGUAGAGUGCCAGGUUUCUUUGUCACGCCCCGCCAGCAUAAGUCUCAAAUCUGUCUUCACGCGGUUUACCCAAAGAGCUCCCCAGUUUCUUGCUGUCAUGCAGAAAGGCAGUUUGCCAUGUGGAAUGGGCAACACCUAGAGACUCAAAAACUUGUCAUGCUUCGCUAUGAGUGGAGGCGUCCUCAUGACAAUGACUUAUGUCCAACCCGCAUCACAAGUUUCCAGACCCAGUAGAUAUAUUUGCAGUUGAUACACCCGUGUCGGUGUCUACCAAGCUGAAAUGUGCCUUGCCGCAACGCCCAGAAAAGCGAAACGUUUGUCUUGCAAUAUAGCCCGUCCACCGUGGAUUACAGAGCUGGUUUUUCGCCUGCAUGUCAAUAUUCGGCAGCUCGGUUGCCCUCCUUGUGGCCGUGAUUGUAUCUCUGUACGAGCAGUUUUCGUUAUGAAAGACGCACGGUUAGUAGGAUCUGCUUCGCUGCAAUACAACGGGAAGAUUAUACCGAAUGAAAUUCAUAAAGACUCUCGCGCUUCUCUGGUCGUGUGCGCGCGCCAUUUGUGCUCACCUUCAUAUCGUCAAGAGUACAAUAGGGAUGAAAAGGCGGUCAAGGCGAGUGCGGCCGCGUGUGUCGUUGCUGGCACUUGCAUUGCCGGUUUGCCGUUAUGCGUGGCAGCAGUAGUAUAUAUAAUUAGCGCCACUUUUACGAUCGCGGCCGUGCGUGUGCCUACUUGCAUCUUCUAUAUGAUGGCUGUAUCUUGAAGUAGAUAAUGGAGGUCCACCGUAAGACGUAAGUUUUGAAAAAAAGAACAGCGCCGCUUGCAAUCAAUGCCGAUGUAGCGUCAGGCUUUCUAUGGGUGUACUAUUUCUCGUUAUCAUGCACGAGCAUUCCAAUUUCGGCACGUAGGCUACUGCGAUAAGUACUAUUGUUGCUUCGCAUAUGGGGGCAAUUUGAUAGCAGCCGGCGCGCAAGGUCCCGCGAGCGUGUGUUGCUGCGGCUGCGGCGCACUGACGUGCAAUGCCGACGCUAUUGCUGACCGUGUUUUUGACCAUUGGGGCCUUGGGGAUGGGAUUUCCUCGGCCAUUGCAAACGGCGCGUAA